AUGGGCAACCGCGCGGCGAGGCUCGCGACGCCCUGCUUCGUGUCCGGCGGCGCCGGCGACGUGGUGGACGCGUCCGCAGCGACAAGGGCGGUGCCGGGCGUCGACGAUUGUAGCAUCGGCCAAAUUCUGAGCUUUGACGGGCCCGAGGGCCAACCGUUCGCCGGCACCACCAUCCACGGCGUGCUGCUCCCCUCCAACCAGUCAACGCUGGGCUCCUCCUCCUCCUUCGUCCUCAACGACGGCGACUCCCAGAUCCUGUCCAUGUCCGGGGACUCCUCCUGCGACAGCUCCAACUCCUUCUCCUUCCGGACGCUCCAGCCGGAGCAGUACUCCGGGCCGCUCGAGUACUGCGCGUCCUCGCCGUCCUCGUCGGGCCGCGUCGUAUCGUCCGCGUCGCGCCGGGGCACGCGCACCGACGAGCAGAUCCUCGCGGACCUCCGCGCCACGCGGCACCGCCGCCGCCGCCAGGAGGAGACGGCCUCCGGGACCCCGCUCCUCGACCGCCUCCGCCGCGCCGUCGCGUCCGCGCUGCGUGGCGCGCGGCCGUGCGGCGUCCCACCCAAGAAACAGCAGCAGCAGCGCGACGACGACGAGCCAGCCGUGACGAUGGUCGCAAGAAACGGCGGCGGCGCGAUCAUCAAGAGCAACGGCGUUAACGGGCACGCGGCGGCGGCGUCCGUGGACUCGUCGAGGGUGCAGUGGGCGCGCGGGAAGGCCGGGGAGGACCGGGUGCACGUCGUGGUGUCGGAGGAGCGGGGGUGGAUGUUCGUCGGCAUCUACGACGGCUUCAACGGCCCCGACGCCACCGACUACCUCGUCAACAACCUCUACGCCUCCGUGUGCCGCGAGCUCGUCAUCGACGGCGACCAUCCGCCCGACGACGGCGACCCGCGCAGCCCGGCGGCGCGGCGGCGGCACGGCGAGGUGCUCGACGCGCUGGCGCGCGCGCUGCGGCGCACGGAGGACGGGUACUUCGCGGAGGCGGAGGCGCGCGCCGCGCAGUGCCCGGAGCUGGCCAUGAUGGGGUCGUGCGUGCUGGUGGUGCUCAUGAAGGGCGCCGACGUCUACUCCAUGAACGUCGGCGACAGCCGCGCCGUGCUCGCGCACCGCCCCGAGCCCGACCUCACCAGCGUCGUCCUGCCGCCACGGCUGCGGCACGACCAAAACGAAGACCUCGCUGGCGUCACGGAGGAGAUCAAGCGGCAGUUCGACGAGUGCGACAUGACGGAGCUCCUUGCGCUGCAGCUCACCAUGGAGCACAGCACCAGCGCCUACAAGGAGGUCAGAAGGAUAAGGAGUGAGCACCUUGAUGAUCCUGCCUGCAUAGUGAACGGCAGAGUGAAGGGCUCCUUAAAGGUGACAAGAGCAUUUGGAGCUGGCUACCUAAAAGAGCCUAGGUGGAACAAGGCUCUCUUGGAGGUUUUCCGGGUGGACUAUGUCGGAGCCUCGCCUUACAUUACUUGCAAGCCGUUCCUCCGGCACCAUUGCCUCGGGCCGCGAGACAAGUUCCUCAUCCUCGCCUCCGACGGCCUCUACGAGUACUUCACCAACGAGGAUGUGGUGGCGCGGGUGGAGGCGUUCGUCACUAGGUACCCCGACGAGGACCCUGCCAAGUACCUCAGCCACGAGAUCCUCCUCCGUGCCGCCAACCAGGCUGGAAUGGGGUUCCAUGAGUUGCUCGAGGUUCAGCAAGGGGAUCGACGGCAGUACCAUGAUGAUGUCUCAAUCAUUAUCAUCUCGUUGGAGGGGAAGAUAUGGAGAUCUUCAGCUUGAGUUAAUCCUAAUAUGUUGCAAAUUGUAGUGGACAGUAAUGAUAGCAUACAUGGUGGAAUUUUUGGGUUUCAAGGAUUGCAGGUAGAGUAGCACACACAAAUUUUUGUACUUGUCGGUGAUGAACUGAACACAA